ACAGAAUUGUAUUUUAUUUUUUUAACGCGACUUCAAACGUUUGGACCGGUUUGGUUGUUCGUGUUUUUUUUAAAUUUUUCGCAUUUUAAUCCUCACUUGCAUGCGAAUUUAAUAAGUUUGGUUUGAAUUACCAUUUAUACACAGCCAACACAGGUUGUUUUUAUAAUCAAAUUUUAAUUACGUGCUUCGCGGUGCUGGCAUACUCACCCGUUUGGACUUUGUUUAAAUGUGAUCGAUCAUUACCGAGUAGACUUUUCCAAAGAUGUUGCAAGGAACGCAGAAUCUGCUCACAGUGUCCAAGCUGCUCAGCCGUCUUUACAAACCGGCCAUUCAACGGAGAUUUACCAAACGUGAUCGUAAGCGAUUCUAUCAGAGUGUUUCGUUAACACAAAACGGAGGCUGUUAUGAGAUCAAUCUGGAUCGGCGGAAACUGAAGACUCCUCUGGGUAAUCUCCUGCAAAUUCCCACCGAACCUCUAGCGUUAGCGGUGGCUGCAGAAUGGUCUUCCCAAACGGAUACCAUCAAACAGGAUCGGAUGUACCUGACUAAACUGUGCAAUAGCGCUGUGGAUAACCCUAUGAAGCGGACUAAAGAAGAUAUUGCGGAGAGUUUGCUGAAGUUUCUGGAUUCGGAUACCGUGUGUUGUCGUGUGGACGAUCCACCGGAGCUGCAGGAACUCCAGAAUCGCGCCUGGGGUCCCGUGAUUGAAUUCGUGGAGAAACGCCACGGCGUGAUAAUUGGGUCCAGCGCUAAUAUUCUGGGUCCUGUGGUGCCUCGUGAAACGAAGGAAAUCCUUGGACGGUAUUUGAGGAGCUACAAUACGUGGUCGUUACUAGGCUUCCAGCAGGCUGUGGAAUCUUUAAAAUCUCUUGUGCUUACCCUGGCCCUGGUGGACCGAAUCAUGCCCGUGAUCACUGCAGUGGCUCUAUCCCGUUUGGAAGAGGAAUUCCAGCUUGGCCAGUCGGAUUACGGUUGCACAGAAUAUUGCCCGGUGGGGAAAUGUCGAAUGGGCUCAUGACAUCGAACUGCAGCAUCUCCAAGCCAGUGUCGCUGCGUCAGUACUUUUCGUUUAUUUGAAUACCGAACUGGAAAGUGUUAGCCAGAAGUCUUCCGGUGCUCCAAAAUGAGCAGAAUGCAUUGU